AUGUUCCAAGAAUAUGUGACAGAGUCGACUGGCACAAUCAUAAUCGUCGCGGCCACGCUUCACCCGAAGAAAACCAUGGAACAGUCGCUGAAGGCGAGCGACUGGACCUGUACCGCUGCCGGAGAAAAUCCUUUCCCCUGUGGACCAAAGGUUCGCGUACCUUGCUCCAUCAAGUUCCAUGGCACUGAUUAA